GUAUCCUUUCUUUCAAAAGUAUCCGCAGCAUAACGUGAUGGUUGAAAUAAACCUGGUGAACCUGCAGGCUCGUAUAGAAGCAGCAGCGGACAGGAUAGCCCCGUACGUGCGGCGCACUCCCCUGGAGUUCUCACAUGGACUAAGCGAGAAAAAUGAGGGAAAUGUUUUCAUCAAGAUGGAGAGUGAACAGAGGACUGGGUCAUUUAAAGUCAGAGGAGCCUUCAACAAGUGCCUAGUUCUGAGCAAUGAACAGCCUGGUAUCCACGUGACUACAGCUUCUUCAGGAAACCAUGCUUUGGCUUGUACAUUAGCAAUGAAGACAGUUGGUCUAACGGGAACAAUAUACCUGAGUGAGAAUGUGUCCAAGACAAAAGAGUUGGCCCUUGUCAGGCAGGGGGCCAUCCUGAGGCAUCAUGGGACAGAUGCUGUGGAGGCUGAAACCAAAGCAAGGCAGACAGCACAGGAAGAAGGGAUUCCGUUCAUAUCUCCAUACAAUGACAUGGAGGUCAUGACAGGACAGGGGACAGUAGGAAAAGAGAUCGUGGAAGAUCUCCCUGAUGUUGAUGCUGUGUUUGUCCCUGUGGGGGGAGGAGGUCUGAUUGCUGGAAUAGCUGCAUAUAUCAAGGCAGUAAAGCCCACUGUGAAGGUUGUCGGCUGUCAGCCAGCCCAUUCUGCAGUCAUGGCCAAGUCUGUGGAGGCAGGGCGCAUCCUGGACCUGCCCAGUCUGGACACUCUGUCUGAUGGGACAGCAGGGGGAGUGGAGGAAGGAUCUAUUACCUUCCCCAUCUGCCAACAGUGUGUGGAUGACUGGGUGCUGGUGGAGGAAGAUGUUAUAUCAGAUGCUAUCUACUUCAUGAUGGCAGAUCAUCACAAGAUUGUGGAAGGAGCAGCUGGGGUGGCCAUCGGUGCCUUCUUACAGACAGCACAGAAGUACCAUGGGAAGUCAGUGGCAAUCAUUUCUUGUGGAGCAAACAUUUCCAUAGAGAAAUUAAAGAAAAUAAUAGAAUGUAGGCACCCCUAGGGAGCAGUGGAUUCUAUAAUCUCGAUCUCCACACAGUCUCCAUCAGGUCGUCCUAUAGGGAUAUGAAUGGCAGAAUUCAGCAAAAAUAGGGUGAAAUUAAUAGUGCCCAGGAGACUCAGUCUGCAAGGAGGGUAAUAUUUCCUCUUUGUGAAGGCAAAGGUUACCCCAUUGUGGCCUGGGAUAAAUUAUUCUCACUUUGUGACUAAAUUUUACAAUUCUUUAGCCAGCGUAGCAAGUCAUGGUGCCCAACGACCCAUUUGGAGGUCAAGGGAUAGGUGAGGUGAAGUGAGUUAGACUGGUGAAGACUGAAUUGCCACUGAGUCAAGUGUAGUAGAAAUUGAAUGUACAUUGAAUUAAGAUGAACAUGACUUUUGUUAAAAAGAUUGAAUUCCUCAUCACUAUCUUUGAUAGGUAAAAAAGCAGAUAUUUUACAACCUUUUGAUAUAAAGUUCAAGGGUUUCUGUGUGAGAAUGUUUAAAGCUACAUGUAUUUGUGCAUAUCAAUAUCCUUGUUCAAUGCAGUACUAUUAUAUAUAAAGUAAAUUUAAACAGGUUCGGAUUUGUGGGUGCUUAAUGGUGCCUUUAUGUGUGUCAGAAUAAAAUGACUCAUUACAGAGUCCAACA